CUUCAAUAAUACUCGCUCGUUUAUUCUUUUGUCGGUAUAAGGAACCAAGAUGUCUUCAAACGUAGAAUCUGUUCAGCUAAACGAGGAAGCAAAUGAUAUGGUUGAUCUCGUUGAGUUAAGUGAUGAAGACAAUGUCCAGAUAAACGAGGAAGCAAAUGAUAUGGCUGAUGAAAUUCUAGACAACGAAGGAGAUGGUUCAAAACGAAAGUCUUCAUCUGGAGCUUGGAGCCAUUUUACAACUGUUGAAGUGCAGGAAAAUGGGAAGAUGGUUAAGAAACAUGAGUGUAUGCACUGCAAGAAAAAAUAUGCGCCACAAAGUUCACGGACAACGACACAUCUCUUGCGACACUUGAAGAAGUGUGUGUUUGUCAAACGCUUGAAAGGUACAAAAGGUUUUAUUAAUUUUCAGCCGUCUGAUAAUGAAAAUGCAUCUGAAUUUAAUGCAAUGGGUGGUUAUGAUCAAAUGAAAUGUAGAGAACUGAUUGCAAAAUUGAUCAUAGCUCAUGAGCUACCUUUUUCAUUCGUCGAAUAUCAUUGGUUUAAUAUCUUAAUGAAGUAUAAUAACCCACUUUAUCAAAAGGUGAGUAUGGCAACCAUUAGGAAGGAUUGUAUAAAGGUGGUUGAAUUAGAACGAGAGAAGUUGAAAAAAGUCUUAAAAAAGGUUGAUAUGAUCUCCCUUACUAGUGAUUGCUGGACUUCUAACCAAACAAUAGGUUAUAUGUGUUUGACAGCACACUAUAUUGACUCUAACUGGAAAAUGCAAAAAAGAAUUAUUGGUUUCAAUGAGUUGGCACCACCACAUAGUGGUGAGGUUAUUUCGGAUGCAAUUUUAGAGUGUCUUAUUAAAUGGGGCAUUCAAGACAAAAUUGGUACAAUUACUCUAGAUAAUGCUUCUAGUAAUGAUAGGGCUGCUUCAAUUUUGAAAAAUACUUUUCAGGGGAAGGGAAAAUUGCAUUUUGAGGGGAUGUUUUUUCAUGUGAGGUGUUGUGCUCACAUAUUGAAUUUGGUAGUACAAGACGGAUUAGGAACAAUUGAUUGUUGUCUUGUGAAAAUUAGAGAGGGGGUCAAGUAUGUAAGGAAGUCUCCGGGUCGUCUUUUAAAGUUUGGUGAAAUUGCUAUAACUCUUGGUAUUCCAACCCGUCGAUCUUUGUGCAUAGAUGUAAAAACUAGAUGGAACUCCACACAUCGAAUGCUUGAAUCAGCUAUGCAUUACAAACUUGCCUAUCAAGGUUACGCAUUGAGAGAUUCUAACUUUGAAUGGUCUCUCACCGAUGACGAGUGGAAUAGGGCUCAAAAGGUUUGCAAAGUACUUGAGGUUUUUUUGGAUGCAACAAAUUUGUUUUCGGGUACAUCAUAUCCGACGACAAAUUUGUUCCUUGUUGAAAUUUUUAAAGUAAAAAAAGAGAUAUCUAGUUGUUAUAUCUCAAAUGAUGGUUUUUUGAAAAAGAUGAGUGAGCCGAUGUUCGAAAAGUUUGAAAAAUAUUGGGGGGAAAUUGGGGUUCUUAUGGCAAUUGCCUCAAUUUUAGAUCCACGUUUCAAGAAGGUCUCAAUUUCGUGGACUUUUGGUAAGUUAUAUCCUUCCAAUGAAGUUGAUGAUCGGGUUGAAGAUGUGAUAAAUAGGUUACAGUCUCUUUAUGUAAAGUACUCCACCGCAUUUCACAUGGCUAGGGCUUCUAAGAAUAACAUGAUGAGCACAUCAUCCGGGGCCACAGACGUUCGCGAUAGAAUUGAAGAUGAUUUUUAUGCUUUUCUUAAGUCAAGACCAGUUGAAAAUACACAAAAAAGUGAAGUUGAGGUGUACUUAGAUGAGCCUAAUUAUAUAGUUUUAGAAAACAAAGAAUUUGAUGUGUUAAGCUGGUGGAGUCAAAAUUCCAGCAAGUUUCCAGUUUUAAGCAAAAUGGCUCGUAACAUUUUUAGCAUUCCAAUUACAACGGUUGCCUCGGAAUCGGCAUUUAGUGCCGGAGGACGUAUACUAGAUGACUACCGAAGCUCUCUCACAAAAGAUAUGGUCGAGCUUCUAGUUUGUGGAGGCGAUUGGAUAAAGGCCACAUCAAAAACAACUAUUCAAACAUUACAACAUGUUUCAGUGAGUGAUUUUUUCAAGUUCUUUUCCAGCAAUAAAACUAUUGUCCAGAGGCAUUUGUAUAUGGUGAAGAUUGAUUAA